UUCCCGAAUUUGCCUACAAAUACUUUCUUGCAAGUCUACGUUGCGUCUGCGUAAAUCAUCAGAACUCUGGGUAGAAUAGGAAAAGAGGGAGAAAACAACUAAAGUAGAUUCAUUAAUUGUUUUGGAAUGUGCGUUAUAAGGAUACAACAAUGAGAGUCCUUCUCCGUGGCUGCAAAGGCCUUCGGCGGUCCUAUCUCGUUGCUCCCAUACUACUCCUUCUCUUGGUCGGUGCUGCCUUGACUGCCCUCCUCCCUUCCAUCGAGGACCGGGGCCAUGUCGGGGCCAUGGGAGCCCUUCGCCAUAGAGCCACCGCCGGCAGCAAUGCCAACGCCAUUCCCGGGCGCCACACGGAAGAGGAGGACGCCACCGCAUUUACCAUAGUCAUACAGACGUAUAACCGCACCGACGUCCUGCUGAAACUGCUCAACCAUUACCAGGCGGUGCCACACCUGCGGCGGGUCAUCAUCGUGUGGAACAACAUUGGGGAGCGGACCCCCCAAGAGCUCUGGGACACCCUGGGGCCCCAUCCCAUCCCCGUGGUGUUCAAAGAGCAGAGCGUCAACCGCAUGCGCAACCGCCUGCAACCAUUUGCUGAGAUCGAUACCGACGCUGUGUUGAUGCUGGAUGAUGACACGUUGGUCAGCGUUCCAGAUAUCAGUUUUGCCUUCUCUGUGUGGAAGCAAUUCCCAGAUCAGAUAGUUGGAUUUGUCCCCCGUAAACACGUUACCACGGUGACAGGGGUCUACAGCUACGGCAGCUUUGAACUCCAGGACCCAGAGAUGGGAGGAGGUGACAGGUACUCCAUGGUCCUGAUCGGCGCCGCCUUCUUCCACAACCGCUACCUGCAGCUCUUCCAGGAGCAGCCGCCCGAAGUGCACGCCCUGGUGGAUGACACGCAGAACUGCGACGACAUCGCCGUGAACUUCGUCGUGGCAGCGGAGCUACGGCGAGGUUCUGGGGCCAUAAAAAGUAGACCCUCUGGCAUCUUUGUGAAGCCCGUGGAUAUGCGCAAUCUGGAGAGGGACGCCAGCAGCGGGUACCUAGGCAUGUGGCACCGUCCCGAACACCUGCUCCAGCGCUCCUACUGCCUGAACCGGCUGGCACAGAUCUACGGCGCAAUGCCCCUGAGGUACUCUAACAUGAUGCUGUGUCAGUUUGGCUUCCCAAGCUAUGCCAACCACAAGGGCAGGGGCUGACUGGCACAGGGAGGCACGGACUGGCAUUGACAGGUGUCGAACACAGCAGGCAUUCAGGAGAGCGAAGGGAUCCCUUAUUAUGACCUCAUCGGGACUAGAUCUCUGAGACGGUGACCUCCAGGACCAAACACUGACAACAUGGCAGAUGGUCCAACAAGCGGGGCCUUACUAAAGAUGGACUCUGUACGCUAAUCCUGUUCUUGACAAUCUGACAGACAAGAUAUCAGUAUUAAACCAGAGGACUUUUGCUGUUGCCAAAAUCAUAGGAUAUUACGUGGCUGUAGAUAGAUAGACUUUAGGUAGUGCAAUGGCUUGUACUGCCAGCUGAUGUCAGCAUUGCAAAAUGCACAUUGUACUGUAACUGUUCAAAAGUCCAAUUGUACUUUUGCCUUACUUUGUGUCAGUACUUGCACUCCCAUGACAGACUUAACUUGUCAGGUAUUCAGAUGUGGAUUUGAUAAAUUAUUAAAUGUGAUGAGAGACACAUACACAGGUGCUCCUCAUACAAUCACAAGACGACUGAGAAUAUUCCUUUGAUUCUGAGAUGCAUAGCAUUGGAAGGUCAAGUGAACAUUUUUUAUUUUUUUAAUCUACUGGUUUAAACAUUAUUAUGACGUCAUGACUAGAAUAAUGGAUGCUUUCUGCUCUUGCUGGGCUCAAACUUUGCAGUGUUAAACGGUACUUACUGGAAUUAUGUGAAUGUUACGCUGCCUUUGUUCUGGUGAGAACUGGUGCUGUUUCUGGCGAUCGCCUCCCUGACAUGACUGUUUCAGGGUGAAUAUCUACAGGACUUGUAAGCAAGUAUCCUCUCUCUUUUACCAUUUCUGUUGCAUUAAAGAGCCUUAAUGCAUUGAAAAAAGGCUGUCCCUUCAAACUGUUUGUCCUUCGAUCAGAUUUCAUAUUAUCUCCCUUAAAAUGGUUUGUCUGCCAAAAUAAUCUACUAUAUUGUGCAUCUCAAACUGAAAAACAAUGUUUCUUUUCUACAUGACAUGUAGACCACUGGAACAUUUAUUCUCUCAUUGAUUUGUUUUUGUUGUUUUGUUUGUGAUUUUGGCUUUGUUUGCAUAUGCUGUUGGUAGAGCUUUGUUGCAAAUCAUUUGUUGCACAGCAUACUAAGCCCAAACAAUUAAAGGUUUUAAUAUGCAUUUUGUAUUUAUUUUUUUAUGUUAUAAAAUAAAAGGGUUUAUGUCA